UAAUCUUUGGAAUACUAAGUCGCUGUUGAAUAAACCCGUUUGGACGUACUUUAACACUAACUUUAACAAAUUGUUAUCAAACGUUGUUGUUUGAUAAGCUGAAGUUUUGUUUUUAUCGAACCUUUUGUCAUUCAAUGUACUUGUAUGCCGGUAAUUAUUAUAAGCGUUGUUUAGUUAGUUAAGUAGUGAAUUAGUAUUAAAUUUAUAAUUUUUUAUAACAAUGGGGCAGAUAUUUACGACAAAAUGUGACUCUGACGUGAGAUUGGACGGUAAAACUGCAGUUAUUACUGGAGCAAAUUGCGGGAUUGGAAAGGAAACUGCCAGAGAUUUAUAUCUAAGAGGUGCUACAGUUAUCUUGGCAUGUAGGAGUGUUUCUAAAGCAAAUGAAGCUAUUAAAGAAAUAAAGACACAAUGUGUAUGGGAAAAGAAUGUAGGACAACUAAAAGCAAUAGAGCUGGAUUUAUCUCGAUUGAAGUCUGUAAGAGAUUGCGCUGCAAAGCUGUUGGAAACCGAAAAAGAAAUCAACAUAUUGGUGAAUAAUGCAGGAGUAUUUGCAGUUCCUUUUGCGCUUACCGAAGAUGGCAACGAGACAACUUUUCAGGUUAAUCAUUUGGGACACUUCUUGUUUACUUUACUGUUGAUGCCUUUACUUAAGAAAAGUACCCCAGCAAGAAUAGUGACAGUUGCAUCCAGUUUACAUAGUGCCGUAUGGAAUUUAGAUUUAUCCGAUAUGAAAUGCGAAAAGAGAAAAUAUGGCAGCAUAAAUGCUUACAACGAGAGCAAAGUGUGCAACAUUUUGUUUACUCAAGAAUUGGCUCGAAAGCUUAAAGAACACAAUAUAAAUGGCAUAACAGUAUAUUCGGUCCAUCCCGGUGCUGUCAAAACUGAUGCCGCAAGAUAUCUGGAUUCUGGUCUUUACUUCAUUUGGACAAGUGUUGCCAUGAUGUUUUACAAGAGUCCCAUCCAAGGUGCUCAAACUUCAAUAUACUGCUCAGUAGACGAAAAUUGUAGAAACGAGACUGGGCUAUAUUACGCAGAGUGCAAACCAACGAGGCCAUCAAAAAUUGCCCGAAAUGAAAAAUUAGCGGAAGAAUUGUGGGAUAUGAGUUUAAAACUUGUUGGUUUGGAUUCAAAGAAUGAUUUAUUUUAAGAUUUUUUAUCUUAUCUUCCGUCCAGUUGUUAUAAAUUGUACUGUUAUCUCAAUAAUUAUUUGAUUAAAUUUAAUAUUUUUGUUUAA